CUUUGAAAUUCGAGAGUGAAGACGAGAGCGGCGCGCGUACACAGAGGGAGAGAGACACAGAUGGAAGGAGAAGAGUACGAGCUCCGCGGCACGGAGAUCCCAUCGGAAGAAGAGGUGAAGCCUCAAGGAGCAGAAGGUAGCUCCGCCACCGCCAACGCUAAGGAAUUGGAUAAGCUGAAAAGGCGGUUGCAGGAGAUGGAGGAAGAAGCUGCAGCUCUGCGCGAGAUGCAAGCUAAAGUUGAGAAUCAGAUGGGUGCUGCACAAGACCCUGCAAAGGUGGCAUCUACAGUGGAUGGUAUGGAAGAAGUUGAUUCACGAUCUAUCUAUGUUGGCAAUGUUGAUUAUGAAUGCACUGUGGAAGAAGUUCAGCAGCAUUUCCAAGACUGUGGUACUGUGAAUCGAGUGACUAUCCUGUGUGAUAAAUUUGGCCAACCUAAGGGUUUUGCUUAUGUGGAAUUUCUUGAAGAAGGAUCUGUUCAGUUGGCUCUCCAGCUGAAUGAAUCUGAACUGCAUGGACGUCAACUGAAGGUUAUGCCCAAAAGGAAGAAUAUUCCAGGAAUGAAGCAGUAUCGUCCAAGGCGAUUCAAUCCUUACGUUGCUCAUCCUAGCGUACCAUAUUAUUUCUACUCCCCAUAUGGGAAGCCCACCUUCCGGAGGCCAAGGUGAAAGGCACUGAGAUACAUCAUACAUAUACUUUUGAACCACAAACUUGUUUUUGUGCUUGUUGAAUUGGAGGAGAAUCACUGAUUUAGAUUUUGACAACUAUUUUGGGUUUUUUUUUUCCGAAUAUAUAAAUCAACUGUUGGUACUGGUUACUGCUUUGCAUUUGACAUCUACAGUAUUCGUUUAGUUUAA